AUGAGGGGCGAAUGGCGUUUGCUAUUCCGAGCUUCACGAUAUGGCUUUGACGCUUCAAUGUUUCAUUCAAAGUGCGAUCAGAGAGGACCUUCAAUCACUGUUGUAAAAAGUGGAGAAAAUAUUUUUGGAGGCUUCACCGAGAAAGCUUGGAAAAGUAAGAUAAAUUAAUAUGAUUGUAAAAUACAAAUUGGCAGUCUUUAUUAAAUCAAACGUAACUAUGUGUUCACUCCAGAUGAAUUAUAAGCAUGUCGUAUAGCUAGCGUGACAGGAUUUUAAAAGAGAGGAAAAGAGGGAAUUAGUAUAGGUAAUAGCAUGACUUGUAGUGAUAUUUGGCAUAAAUACCACGAGUGAUAUUUCGAAAUUGUUAUAGGUAAUUUCACGAGCCGUUAGGUGAGUGAAAUUUGAGAGAAUUUUGAAAUAUCACUGGUGUUAUUUAUGCCAAAUAUUACGUACAAAUCAUGCUAUUAUUUGUUUAUACUACUACCCGCAAAGGUUUUGGAAUUUUCACAUGUAGGUAUUUCAAAUUAAGCUGAAAUACCACUGCUCUAAGCCAAUCAAAUUUCAGAAAUUUCUCAUUUAGUAGUAUGAUAGUACUAAGCCACGCGAGUUGAUGAAAAGUGCAACCUCGGGUAUGUUCACACUAUCUCGGAUAGCUCUAAACCAUACAGGAUAAUUAGGCUUCUGUUCACACAUGAAAAAAGGGUGAUUUUGGCGCCAUUUCUGUAACAGCGCGAAGGUACCCCGCGCCGGUCUCUUCAUUGCAGUGUGAAAAGGUAUUGGGACCGCAGAUGAAGUAAUAGCUUGUUCCCGCUCUCUUACUUCGCGCCGCACUCCACUAUCUGAACACCUGGAGCAGGCAACUGAAGUAAAGGAGUUGGAGCGAGGACUGAAACCCAUUGAGAUGGAAGUAAAUACAGCACAACCCUGAUAACUCGAACUCGGAUAUCUCGAACUGUUUUUUCGUUUCCCUUCAGAGUUCGAGUUACCGGGGUUCUAUUUUACUCAGAGGUGAGGAUUGGGAUUUAGUGCACCAAACCCUCCCGGCUAACCGCUCUGGUACGAUGUUAGAUGUUUGUGAACAAUUUGUCCCAGUUCAUACUCUACCGGAGCGCUUUUUUCAUGUCCGAGUCUGCACCAAAAAGCACAAUUUUCCUUUCGCUUCAGCUGCGCCUGUCCUGCUGGCUACAUUUCCUAUAAAUUCUACGAUUGUAGUUUUGUGAUACAUUUGUUUGUGCAUUGAUCACUCUUCAUUAUUUCUUGACGUUAAAUCUAUUUAGGAUGUUGGUAAUUUCUUUAUUUUACUACGCUGAUGUUCACCCACGGCAUCAUGGAUGGACAUCUAUGAUUGGUGAAACAAAAAACUACACACAAAGCCAAAAACAUUGUUAAAUGGUUUAACUAUGUAUAAUUUGAGAAUUUUAUAGAAGAACAUUUGUUUUGUAUCAACUUGAAUAAUGUCACACAAUAAGAAUUGACUAUUUGUGUUUGUAAACUGGAAGCUGUAACAUUUGGUUGGCCCUUAAUAAUAUUAUGAGUGUUCUUUUCUUACAAAAUUAUCUUAAUAGCCGUAACAAACAUCGGCCCUAAGCACAAUCAAACUAGGAAUGUUCAUGAUCAUACCCCAUCCGUUCAACAUUCAACGGAUGUUGGGACGGGGAAACUUUAAGUAGAAUAAAAAGGUAUGUCAAUGGAUUAUGGAAAUUUACACAUGUGAGUAUUUCAUGCAUACCAGCAUAUAGCAUUUUUAGGUAGGAUCACAGAAUUCUGACGUCAUUUACACGACUCUCUUAAGAACUGAAAAAGUACUAGUUUGACCUAAAAUGUUUAGAUAUAAAAAAAACUUUGCGUGAUAUGAUGUAAGUGUGAACGCUGUGGAAGUGAGCGUCAAUCACCUAUUGUGAUGGAAAAUGGGGUCUUCAAGGAGCCGCUUUACAGUUUCUUUCUGACAGCUGCUAAUACUCGCACCUCAUCCUAAGAACCCCAACAAGGUUCUCUUCUCCGCCUUUCUAUUUCCAGUUAGCUCCGCUCAAGUUUAGUUUUUGGUCUCUCUCUUUGUCUUUUUUUCUUAGCUGUGUGCCCAGACUGCAGUCACUGUUUAACCCACAGUUAGCAUAGUGUCUGUAGUAAUACAAUAUGUAAGUCGAUUGUCAGGGGUAAUCACUGUUUUAGGUUGCCAUGGAUGUGUGUCAUGUCACCAGUCCUUCCUGUUUAGUUUUGUAAACCCAAGUGGCCUGGUACCAACCAAAUUUCCGCUUAUCUCUGGGAGGGAAACCUAUGCAAUGUUCUGUGAUCCCAACCAUGGACCAGCGUUUGGUGGUGCAAAAGGGCCCGACCUGAUCCUAUCAAAUGGUGCGCACUCAAAUACUAAUGAGAGCUAUCUUGGCAGCAGCUAUCGGCUCCCACCAGGACAGCCGUACUCAUUCUUCACAGGUGAUAAUAAGUUCACUCUCACAGAUUACGAGGUGUUUGGACUCCGUCAGUGA